AUUUGUUUUGAAUGUAGAAUUCCGGCUGAUUCAUUGUAGCCACAAGCAAUAGAAUACUGUACUUGAAUAGUUAGCGCAAACAUACGGGAAUAAUCUUACAGAAUAAACAGCAGAAAUGGAUCGACUGCUAAGGCUUGGAGGUGGAAUGCCCGGACUGGGUCAGGGCCCUCCCACAGAUGCUCCGGCUGUGGACACCGCAGAGCAGGUGUACAUCUCCUCUCUGGCACUGCUCAAGAUGCUGAAGCACGGUCGUGCCGGCGUGCCCAUGGAGGUCAUGGGUUUGAUGCUCGGCGAGUUUGUGGACGACUACACCGUGCGAGUGAUUGACGUGUUCGCCAUGCCGCAGUCGGGAACCGGUGUCAGUGUGGAGGCAGUGGACCCGGUCUUUCAGGCUAAGAUGUUGGAUAUGCUGAAGCAGACUGGCAGGCCUGAGAUGGUGGUGGGCUGGUACCACAGCCACCCUGGGUUCGGCUGCUGGCUGUCCGGCGUGGACAUCAACACCCAGCAGAGCUUCGAGGCCCUGUCGGAGAGGGCCGUGGCGGUAGUGGUGGACCCCAUUCAGAGCGUCAAAGGGAAGGUUGUUAUCGAUGCAUUUAGGCUGAUCAAUGCCAACAUGAUGGUUCUGGGUCAUGAGCCCCGGCAGACCACGUCCAACCUGGGGCAUCUGAACAAGCCGUCCAUCCAGGCUCUGAUCCACGGACUGAACAGACAUUACUACUCCAUCACCAUCAACUACAGGAAGAAUGAGCUGGAGCAAAAGAUGCUGUUGAACCUGCACAAGAAGAGCUGGAUGGAGGGCCUGACCCUGCAGGAUUACAGCGAGCACUGCAAGCUCAACGAGAACAUCGUCAAGGAGAUGCUGGAGCUGGCCAAGAACUACAACAAGGCGGUAGAAGAAGAGGACAAGAUGACACCUGAGCAGCUGGCAAUCAAAAAUGUCGGAAAGCAGGAUCCCAAGAGGCACCUGGAGGAGCACGUCGACGUCCUGAUGACAUCCAACAUCGUUCAGUGCCUGGCGGCCAUGUUGGAUACCGUGGUCUUUCAGUGAAACCACCACCCGUCCACCGCCGUUAACUGUUCAUAGUCCAACUGUUUUGUUUUAUAUAAAAAAUAAACAUGUAUUAAAGUGGACAAG